AUGGGGAUAAAGAUGUUUGAACAGUUCAAUAACUUGCGCACAAAUAAUGCCAAGCUCAAAACAUUGGUGGCCAUAGGGGGCAAUGAUGAUGGGUCAGAUAAAUACUCGCAAAUGGCAAACAACCCUGUUGGUCGCCAAUUUUUUGUCAACUCGACGAUCGAGGAGUACCCGGCUAUGAGUGCCAGGGAUAGUGAAAGGCGUAAGGUUGGUAAGUCAGCCGACAAACAGGCAUUCAUUGACUUACUCCGCGAGCUUCGCACGGCUUUCCAACCGCACGAGUAUCUCCUGACAGCCGGCGUGUCAGUCGAUGUGUCAAUAGUGGACAGGGCUUACAAUGUGCCCGAAAUGAACAAAUACCUCGACUUUAUUAAUGUCAUGGCUUUUGAUAUGCAUGGCAGUUGGGAACAUAAAACCGGUCACGUGGCGCCCCUGUAUGCCGGAGACAAUGAUAAUGAAACUCAAACAGUGCAAUAUGUCAUUGAUUAUUGGUUAAGACUGGGAGCUCAGCCAGAUAAACUCACUAAAGAUUUUGAUAUUUAA